CAGUUCAAGAGCACUGGAAGUGUCUAUAUAAAGUGACAUUAGAAUGAUCCAAAAGAGUUGGUGGCUAUGGUUUUUCUUUGAUCGUUUAUUUGAAAGCUUUUAUUGUAAAUGGUGGUAUGGUGUACUUGUUCACGGUGCAUUGACUGCUCUGUGCAGUAACUUCAACAAAUUCACAUUUUGAUAUUAGUAACGAUUGAUAUUACUUGGCUCAAAAAAGAUCUUACUUAUUAGAAUGGUACAGAAGUUUAAAGUACGUGUAAGAGGACGGAAUAUGGAGUCUAUACUCUGUAAGCAUGUUUAUCUCAAAGAAGAAUGAACAUACGCUUCACAACUCUUUUUACUUUUCUUUAGGAAAAGGUUUUUGACAACUGAGGUAGAUUGAAGGCCCGAUGUUAAAUAUUGAUAAGGAAAAUCUUCAUUUUUUCAAAGUGGUUUUCCAACAUUGCAUCCUGCCACGAUGUCCAGUGAAACUCAAAACAAGAACAAAAGGCGAAAAGUGGAAUAUAAAUGCCAGUUUUGUGAUAAAACGUACAGGAAGCCCAGUAAAGUGAUUGAACAUGAGAGAUCUCACACAGGAGAGAGACCGUACAUUUGCAAUUAUCCUGGCUGUGGCAAAUCUUAUAUGAGAUCAACUCACUUAAGUAUUCAUCAGCAAACACAUAAAAAUGUUAAGGAAUUUGUAUGUUCAUAUGAAAACUGCACAAAAGCUUAUACCCUCAAACAACAUUUACAACGUCAUGAAAAAACUCAUAUCUCACCUUUACUUGAAUGCGAUUAUCCUGGUUGUGAAGCAAAAUUUGCAAAACGUUAUCAGUUACGUUGGCAUAAAGCUUCACAUGAAAAAGGCAAUUAUAUUUGCGAUGUAUGCCAAGCAGCUUUAAAUUCUUUGCCAGCUUUGGAAAAGCAUAAGAGCAGAAUGCAUGAGAAUCCGGUAAUAUACAACUGUAGCAGCUGUGAAAUGGAUUUCAACAAAUGGUCAGAUUUAAGAAAGCAUAUUCACGAUGAACACCCAGCCAAAUGUACUAUAUGCGAUAAGACAUUCUCUAGGACAGCGAAUUUGAAACAACAUAUCAGAGAAAAACAUACCGAUCUUUACCAAAUCAAAUGCGAUUGGCCUGGCUGUAAAGCUACACUCAAUAAUAAACGUAGUUAUAAAACUCACGUCGCCUUAGUGCAUGAACAAGACAUUCGAUAUAAAUGUGAUGUUUGUGAAAAAGGGUUCCCUUAUAAAUCUCAGCUUGAAAGACACAUGGAAUCUCAUACGUUGAAAUUAAAGAAGCCAAAAUCACCAAAACGACAAAAGUCUAUCAUAGAAGAGAUCACUGGCCACAAUUACUAUGCUAAAGCUGAUACUAAAUAUGAAUGCCCUAUUCCAAACUGCCAAUUUAAAUUCACCAAUACUUAUUUAUUGCAACGCCAUCUUGAAGGUAGCCUACAUAAAGAUGAUAUAAAAGCACUCAAAAUAGCCAAAGCUUCGAAUGUAUCACCCCAAUGAUGGCCUUGAAAAAGAGCAUUAACUGAAGCCCGCCUUGCAAACUGUACAUAGUAUUUAUAGUAAACAAAAUUGUAAUUUUAGACUUAUUGCUGCAUCACUUCAGCAGGAUUUUGGAU